AUGAUAUCUCGUUGCCGUGCUAAAAGCUGGAUAAUCCAAUUAAAGGAGGCAGACGAAAUUGCGAAUAAGACAACUCAGAGGGGUUUGAAAGGAAAUAUUAUUGUCUAUCCACAAAAACCUACAGCGUUGGCGAAGAUAUUGCCACCAUCUUUGGAUGAAUUAACUGCACCUAUAUGUGUCAUAUUUGUGGGUUCAUCUCGACCCUCAGAAGAGUGGCUAAGGAAUAAAGCUAAACCAUUGACGGCGCGUCCCAAGGUUGUUCGUGAUGCCUUAAUUUGGCUGAAAAGUCAUAACAAGUGGUAUAAAGAUAUCAUCAUUGAUUACGACUUUUUAGCAACUUUACCUGAUCAAUUUGUUUUACCUGUUCAUGUUGAGUGCGUCGAAUCCGGCAAAUCUGCAGACAGUCUUACUGCUGGAUAUGAUCCUACGCAUUCGACAUCCUCGUACCCAACAGUCGAACGUGGUACAUCUGAAAAUCAUGACGAAGAAGUCAUUUUUGAGAGUGUUGUCAUUGCUGACGUAGACGCAAAUGCCACUAUGAAUGAAUUGCGCGCAGCUGCGAUGCGUCACAUCAAGUUCAAAGGAGGAUCAUAUAUCGAGAUACCCCAUGACACCGAGCCAAUGAAUGAGUUCUUCAAUCCUUCCCUUUUUCCAAUGAUAUACCCAACACUUUUUCCUUACGGGAUCGGUGGUUUCGAAGAUUACUCAAGAUCAGAGCCUGUUUCAUUGAAGAGGCAUGUAAAAUAC